AUGCAGAGACGUCAGCCAGUGGAUCGAAAUGUCUUCAGCAUUGCAAUUAUCUGUGCACUACGUGAAGAGUCUGAUGCAGUCGAAGCGACAUUUGAUCAUUUCUUUGAAGAUGAUGAGCUACUCUACAAUAAAGUUGCAGGAGACCUCAACACUUACACAUUUGGCCAAAUCGGCCUACAUCAUGUAGUUCUGGCAUAUAUGCCCGGCAUGGGAAAAGCUAAUUCUGCCAGCUUAACCGCCAGUUUUCGCGCGAGCUUCCCUCUUGUUCGCCUUGGGCUGGUUGUCGGCAUUUGUGGUGGUGUGCCUUACGGUGCCGACGAGAUAUUUCUUGGCGACGUGAUUAUCAGUACGGGGGUGGUGCAAACCGACUUUGGACGACAAUACACGCAUCAAAUUAUUCGCAAAGACACACUUGAAGACAACCUUGCGCGGCCUAAUGCUGAAAUCCGGGCAUUCUUGCAUCAGCUUCGAGGAUGGAGAGCCCGGCGAAAAUUCCAACAGAAUGUUUCGAAAAAUAUCUCUAAGAUUUGCGGCAAAGAAGGGUUCGGCAGCUGGACCAGUCCAGGAGCAGAGAAUGACAAGCUGUAUAGAGCAGACUAUGGCCACAUCCAUCGAGGCUCCGGGGUCUGCUCUACGUGUGCUCCACCGGGCGAGAGAGAUCUCGUCGCCUGUGACAGCGCGCGUACCACGUCAUGUGCACUGCUGAAAUGCGACGAAACUCAACUCAUUCAAAGAAAAUAUCGAACUGAUAAUCUUCCGGCAAUCCAUUUCGGUCGUAUCGCUUCGAGCGACCAAGUCAUAAAGUCUGCGCCCGAUCGGGAUCGGAUUGCGAAACAGGAGGAGGUACUGGGUUUUGAGAUGGAAGGGGCUGGUGUGUGGGAUAACCUCCCUACUAUCAUCGUGAAAGGUGUCUGUGAUUAUGCCGACAGUCAUAAAAAUAAGAAAUGGCAGAAGUACGCGUCCGUCACCGCAGCUUCGUGUGCGAAGGCCCUGCUACAGGAGUGGCGAGUGGCCGGUCAAAGCAGCACACAUCCCGGCCCGACUCGCAUGGCCGAACAUCAACCUGAGACCGAUGCUGCGAAUAAUCCGGACGAGAGAGCCAGCGCCGCGUAUGGCGAUAACAUUGGAGUUAUGGAUAGAGAGAAAAGAGGCUCGCACGACAACCUGACGACCUUCAAUAACAAGGGCAGUGUUUCAAACCAGGGUGUCCACCAAACAUUCUACUAUUAUUGCCAUGAUCCAACCCAAAGUGAUGAUUCGCCCACUGACUUAGAUGUCCUCGAUUCGCUCGCUUUUCCAGGGAUAGAUGAAAGACGUGGCAACGUGAAGAGGCCCCAUACAGACACUUGCACUUGGAUCCUGAAGUUGGAGGAGUACAGGGAUUGGAUGGACAGGUCCCAUGGUCUUUUAUGGGUCAAAGGGAAACCAGGUUCUGGAAAAUCAACGUUAAUGGCGUUUAUGCACCAGGAGAUCAAGGGUCGCAUCCUGCCCGGGAAUCCUGUGUUAGAAUUUUUUUUCAGCGCACGAGGGACGGAGCUACAGCGUACACCGCUGGGAAUGUUCCGAUCCUUGUUGAACCAGUUAUGCCGUCAAGAUGCGGAUACGCGUGCAAGAUUACGCACUACAUAUGAGGCCAAAUGUGCAGAGUUUGGACGGGCAAAGAACGGCUGGGAAUGGCGGCAACCGGAGCUUGAGAUCAUUCUACAAGAACAAAUUGUCGCAUCUGCCAAGCACAAACCUCUUACGAUUUUUGUGGAUGCUUUGGAUGAGGCUGGCGCAAAAUCUGCAUCAGAGCUCGUGGAAUAUUUCAACCGGGUAAAUGACUCUGUCGCAAUGAAUGGAGCUUCAGGAAAGAUCUGUAUUUCUUGCCGGCACUAUCCUGUCUUGAUCAGUGAAUCAGGGACCGAAAUCUGCGUGGAAAAUCACAAUCACGAUGACAUCUCGACAUUCAUACAUAAUUCGCUGCCCUUAGGCUCGCUUUUAAUCGAAAAGAUCCUGGAUCACCAGUCCUGGGACAACUUGAAAAUGGAGCUAAUUAAAUCUGCAAAUGGGAUUUUUCAAUGGGUUCGGCUGAUUGUACCUCUCAUCAAAAUGAAAUUCCAUGACGGAGAAUCAGUCGCGAAUGUCCAGCAAUUCAUACGCAGAGUCCCUCAUGAACUCGGAGAUAUCUACGAAUAUAUUCUGCACAGUGUGAUUCCACAUGAGUAUCGGACUAGGGCAUUUGCCUUAUUUCAAUGGGUCUGUCUAGCAGAGAGACCGCUAUCGGUAACAGAGUUGCGAUAUGCCAUGGCCGCGAAGGAUGCAUGCACCACCCUCGGCCACAUUCCAUGCCAUAAGUCCCCUGACUUCAUAUCUGAUGACGGAUUUAUGAAGCGGCGAGUGAACGCGAUGUCCGGAGGAUUGAUUGAGGUAGUCAGCAAUGGGAGCCGUCAAAAUGUCCAAGUUAUCCAUCAAUCAGUGAAUGAUUUUCUUCUAGCUGAAGGCUUGCGCAUGUUGGCUAAUAUUCAGAAUCAACAAGGGGAGCCGCCCGCAAGGAAAACGAGAGAAACGCAAAACAAUGACUUCACAUUAGAAUCAAUUCAGGGCGUUCUUUAUCGCGCUUGUCUACACUACUUGACAACAGAAAAUAUACCAACAAUUCAAAGUGAGACAGACAGCGGACAUCGGGCACUGUGUCCAUUUCUUGAUUAUGCAACGAUCAAUCUUUUUAUUCAUGCUAAAAAAGCCCGAGCAUAUCGGUUUGAAGACAUUGAACAAGAAAUAUGCUGGCUUGAAAAGAUCCUUCUGAAAUGGAUUACAAGCUACCGGUCGCUACAUAGAGGGUUAGUCGAGGCGCCAGCGCUACUGACGACGUUAUUACAUAUUUCUUGCCAGAGCAACCUGACGUCAAUUGUCAGAGCCCUGCUAUCGACAAACAUAUCACCAAGGACAGCAGAUGAGAGGGGAAAUACUGCGCUCCAUUAUGCGGCACGAUGUGGACAUUCUGACAUUGGUAGGAUGUUGAUAGGCAAAGGAGCUGACUUGAAUGUGACGAACAAUAAUCAAAGCACUGCCCUUACCGCCGCUGUAGCACAUGGCCAAAGGCUGUUUAUAGAAUUUUUGCUUCACGAAGGGGCGAACAUUGAUGGCAAUGCACUGCAGACGGCAGCUAGAAAGGGAUCAGCAGAGGUCGUCCAGAUGCUGCUCGAUGCGGGUGUUGAUGUUAACGCGCAAGGUGGAAAAUAUGGUAACGCGCUUCAGGCAGCCUCCGAUCGAGGGUCAAAAGAGGUAGUUCAAAUGCUGCUCGAUUCGGGUACUGAUGUCAACACGCAAGGUGGAUGGUAUGGCAGCGCGCUCCAGGCAGCCUCCUUUCGAAAGUCAAAAGAGGUGGUCCAGAUGCUGCUCGAUGCUGGUGCUGAUGUCAACACGCAAGGUGGAUGGUAUAGUAGCGCGCUCCAGGCAGCCUCCUUUCGAAAGUCAAAAGGGAUAGUCCAAAUUCUCCUUGAUGCUGGUGCUGAUGUUAACGCGCAAGGUGGACGAUAUGGCCAUGCGCUCCAGGCAGCCUCCUAUCAAGGGUCCAAAGAGGUAGUCCAAAUGCUGCUCGAUGCCGGUGCUGAUGUCAACGCGCAAGGUGGAAAGUAUGGCAGCGCGCUCCAGGCAGCCUCCGAUCGAGGGUCAAAAGAGGUAGUCCAAAUGCUGCUCGAUGCUGGUGCUGAUGUCAACACGCAAGGUGGAUGGUAUGGUAACGCGCUCCAGGCAGCCUCCUUUCGAAAGUCAAAAGGGAUAGUCCGAAUUCUCCUUGAUGCUGGUGCUGAUGUUAACGCGCAAGAUGGAAAGUAUGGCAGCGCGCUCCAGGCAGCCUCCGAUCGAGAGUCAAAAGAGGUUGUCCAAAUGCUGCUCGAUUCGGGUGCUGAUGUCAACACGCAAGGUGGAGUGUAUGGUAAUGCACUUCAGGCAGCUGUUCAAGAAAACGUGAUCCGGGUCCCCUAUCAACAGUCAAAUGAGGUAGUCCAAAUGCUGCUCGAUGCGGGUGCUGAUGUUAACGCGCAAGGUGGAGAGUAUGGUAACGCGCUCCAGGCAGCCUCCUUUCGAAAGUCAAAAGGGAUAGUCCAAAUGCUCCUUGAUGCUGGUGCUGAUGUUAACGCGCAAGGUGGAAAGUAUGGCAGCGCGCUUCAGGCAGCCUCCGAUCGAGGGUCAAAAGAGGUUGUCCAAAUGCUGCUCGACGCGGGUGCUAAUGUCAACGCGAAAAGUGGACUGUAUGGUAACGCGCUCCAGACAGCCUCCUAUCGAGAGCUAAAAGAGGUAGUCCAAAUACUGCUCGAUGCGGGCGCUGAUGUGAACGCACAAGGUGGACAAUAUAGCAAUGCGCUCCAGGCAGCCUCCUGUCAAGAGUCAAAAGAGGUAGUCCAAAUGCUGCUAGACGCGAAAGCAGAUGUCAAUGCUAAAGGCGGCAAGUACGGAAGCUCUGUCCAUGCGGCCAUCAGAAAUGGAUACCCCGAAACUGCCAAACGUCUUCUUCUCCAUUUUGAAUCUGACAGGCAGAGAGUCACGCACACUGCUGCUGACCGAAGCAGUAAUCAUAACUUUCAUAUGUCCGUGACUUCUUUAGCCUGUCUUCAAAUAACAGACUUCUUCGGGAGAACACCUCUCCAUCUUGCGGUCACAUAUGGUCAUCUAGACCUCAUUCCUUUCUUAUCAGAGCCGACUGCGCCACCACUCCUCAGCGACAAUUAUGGUCGAAAUCCGCUGGACUGGGCUUCCAAUGACCCAGUAUUCAUUCAAGAAUUGAAGAAAUUUUGGCCCGCCGUGACUAUUACACCAAAAGAGACUCAAAUGCAAAUCCUCCAGCAGUCAUUACAGCAAUCAGCAAAAAAUCUUCUGCAAAGCACGGAUAACUGGUUAUACUUCGAGUUAUUUCAACUCGGUCGUUGUCUCAUGUUUCUCGAAAAAUUCGAUGAAGCCUCCUUCAUCUUUUCACAACAGCCGUACCACCUUAAUGCUGAUAACCCUCAAAAAGCUGCUGCAUACUGCCAUAGGUGGAGUUGUGCUCGACAUGUAUGGCCCGGUAUCCUCACAGUGCUAAACUACGGGCCUGUCGGAGUCACAGCUUCCUUGAAGUGUUAUAUCCGCCCUACCCCAUCAACUCUUCAUCUCCCAGUACGAGUCCUGAUGAUGUACAAGAAUGGUUGA